UCAUGUUUUGAAGUUACACAUCACCCCUAUUCUGAACAUGGUAUAGUCGCUGUCAGUGGGCAACAUGGCGGACGACGAGGAAGGUGCGCCGAUAUCUGACGAAGAAAUGGCCGAGGAAGACUCGAUGUCGACAGGAGACGGCAGUAAUGGUGCUAAUAGUGAAGCUGAACAAUUAUACGAAGUAGAGCAAAUAGUAGGAAUGAAGAAAAAUACAAACGGGAUAAAAGUGUACAAGGUUAGAUGGAAGGGCUACUCAAAAGCAUUUGACACAUGGGAACCAGUUGAGAAUCUGGAGAGCUGUCUGGACAUGGUAGAGGAGUUUGAGGAAGUUAAAGAGAAAGAAAAAAAGAAGCGGUCAGAUGAAAGGAAGAAAAGAAUGGCUCUUAUGGCAGGACGCAGUUUUUCAACAGAAGAUGAGUGUUCAGAAUAUGGAUUGCAGCCAAACGAGGAACCUGUCAUGCCCAUUUUCUCCCCUCCCCCACUGGCAAUAGAUGCAGAGCCAACAUGUACCCUUAAGGACACUUUCUGGAAGGACUUGGAAGAGGGCCGGAUCAACCUAUUUAAUACAGAUAUGUACUCAAAGGUGAAGGGCCAAGGCCGAGCUUCAAGACCUAAGUCAUUCAAGACUCACUUUAAAGGCCGUGCUACUGAAGAUAAAGGAAAAGAGAAAAGGGAGAUGACAGCAGGAGAUGGGAUAGAAGGGAGCAGGAAACAGAAUCAUGGCGAGACAAAAAGGGGCAAACAACCCAAAUCAAGCAGGGGUAGAUCCAUAUCAGCCGGUGGUAAGACCACCACAAGCCAAGCUGAGUUGAAGGAGACCUAUGGCACUGAUGGAGUUAGGAGGACAUCAUCUUGCACAAGUGACCUCAGUGAAGCCAGCAGUGAUAGUUCUGAUGUUGUCAUGGCCCAAGUCCUUUCUGUCUCCACACCAUCGCCACCUGUACUGAGCUGUGUUGAAGACUACAGUGAUGAUAGCAGUAGGGACUUCAGUGACCACAGAUACAGUUCUCCAGCCGACAUUACCGGAUCUAUUUCACAGUCUCCCAACUGCUCCCAGGAAGCAAGAUUCCAGUCAUUGUCUCCUGACCUUUCCCAGGAAGCAGUUUCAGAGGAUACAGGCAUUGGCAUGGAUGGUAUUGACCUCUUAAGUCCACAACGUGAGGUCAAGGAUACACAGUUAGUUGUGGGAUCAAAUUGUGAAAAUCAGAAUGACAUUUUUCAAACAGCAACUGAGAAAACAUCCACAGAAAAGGAAUCAUCAAUUCAUAGAGAAAAGACAGUUAGAGUAGAAGACACCUUGAAAACUGUAACUGAUGUCAAGAAAACAGUGACACAGACUUCUGAAUUAAAAACUUGUAAGAAAUCUAAAGUGCAGGUAGAUUUUAUAUUAGAAGGACACAAAGUCCCAGAAAAAAAGUUUAAGCUUGACCCUGAAAGUAUUAAACAAAAACAUCGACACAAAUCCACAUGUUCAAACAAGGAGGGCAGUAGCAGAGACAGUGUGUAUAGUGCUCCAUUAAAGACUGUCAUCUCAGCCUGUGCCAAGACUGGCAAAGAGAAUGUAGGGGAUAAACAUGUGGCAAAUAUAUUUACUGGUCUGUCAAAUGUACUCCAUCCAAGCAUCAAGCCCAGGGGUCCCACUGGUGGCCGGCUGACUGACCCAAGGAUGGAAACGAGUACAAGCCAAGCCAAUAACACAUGUGAAACUGGCAAAGUCACCACCAAGCGCAAGGAGUGUAAUCCAAAUGACUUUGCCCAGCCUCUUGAAAAGAUCCUGAACAGUUCACUUCUGCCCAUAUUACCUGACAACAAGACAAUUUUGGAUAAAGGUGCAGACGUAUCAUUUGACAUUGACCUGGAUGAUAUUGACUUGGAUGAGCUGGAGAAGCAGCUAACACUCUCACCAAGUGCACAGCCCGUGGAGCUCAGUGAUGAUGAGCUGAAGCAAGCAGUGUGGGAUGGAGACUAUGACCUUGUGAAGAGAGCCUUUGCUGCCCGCAAACUGUAUGACAUUGAGCAGGCUGAUGACACUGGCACUACGCUGCUCAUGCAUGCCAUCCUCAGAAAUUUUGAUGACAUAGCAGAGGUGUUAGUCUGUAGUGGGGCCAAGAUUAAUACUCAACAGAAAAAUGGAAACACAGCUCUCAUGAUUGCUGCAGAACAGGCUCAUAUCUGUACCGUGGCUUUGCUCCUUGAGAUGGGAGCCAAGAUAAACCUGCAACAGGCAAACGGGGAAACAGCACUCAUGAAGGCUGUGAAACGUGGGCACAGACAGAUUGUGCGGUACCUUCUGGAAAGUGGUGCAAACUUCUCCUACCAGUCUUACAGUUGUUGUAGUGCUCUGUCAUAUGCCAAACUUCACAGGCUGCCAGAUGUGGAGGAUAUAAUUGUAGAUCACAUAUCAAGACUGACAACAGAGUUUGACAGACAGGUGGCCAUAACCCUGAACAACACAGCCCAGAUCCUAAGUGCCCUGUUCCCUCUCCAGUGCUUCCCUCUAGCAGAGACUGAUAAGUUUGUCAUCACAUUCAAGAACGAGGUGGAACCCAUCACCCCAGGUGUUGGAUUCCUGCUGUUCAUUGCACAUGCAAGAAUAACCCCCCAUGAAGUGAAGUGCCGCUUUUAUGGACCAUGUGCAGUCAAGUCUGUGUUCCUAAAUGGUGUCAAGCAGCCAUCCAUGACAGAGGAGGCCAACUUUGUCCUGUCUUGCCAUCCAGUUCUGCCAGGGAAGAAUGAACUGUGUAUACACACUGAAUCUGCUGUCUCUUCCAAGGCCAAGCUGGUGGUGUGCGCUUACAAGGCACAGCUCAUACAGUGAGGACCACAUGCACAUCAUCUGCGUUUAUAUUUCUGCUGGGCAUUCAAAAGGAAGCUGUUACAACAGGCAUAUAUAGCAAUACAAGGUCAUAUGUUAAACACCUUUGUAUUCCACUAGCAGCUUUCCCCUCAGCCUAUAUCAUUGCUGUGUUCAUCUCCUGCUGGGAAACAUCCUUCGUCUGAUCUCACUGUGUCACGUGACAUCAUAGGUGUCUGUUGAUGGGCAGAUGACGCACGGUGUGUUUUGAAGCUUAUAGUCAUAAAGUUAAUUGUUACUGCAAAGCUUGAGAUUAUGAAGGCACAUUUGAACUGUUUGUGCAGAAUUUGACAAUUGAUUCCAAAUAUUUUGCCAGAUGAAAGUUCCAACAUUCAUCAUUUGAAAGUGAAAUACUUAAAUGCCUGGAGUUUUUGGUGACUGUUGUGCUGAGACUCCUGUCUUAGAGCAUGGGAAGAUAACUUCCCUUGUAUGACAGUUCAGAGGUGUCAAAUUUUGUACACGUCACAUGUGUAGGAUUUGUUCUUAUAACAGCAGGUUUUCUGUCUAUUCCUGAGGUUGAUUUUGUGAUAUACAGCUAGUAGUGAGGAUGUAGUGAGUUGCUUUGCAAUGUUAUGAAGUUGUUAUUUAUGAAUAUGUAACAGACCUGUUCCUGGAUGAUGUCACAAAUAGUAUAUAUAGAGUUCCUAUCAAAUUAUUAUGCUAUAAUCUAUACAAGUAGUAUUGGUAGUGCAGAUGGCUACAACCUGAAUGAGUCUUUCAGUUGAUGUAUUUAUAACAAAUUGGAAUGGUACAAUCUCCACUGUUGUGUGGAGAUUGUUUAAGUUCAAACCAAACAAGAUGUAAAGUAACAUUUACUUAUUUGAUUUUGAGAUUUCAGAUCAUGAUGAAUUUAUUUGCCUUUUCUAUAUGUAAAUCUUGAAAGAUUUUGAAAGGAUCUUCCUGUCUGAAAAUAUUGAAAAGGUUUUGAUUAAUAUCUAAAUAUUAGUGUAAUAUGGCCUAAUUUAUUGUGUAUGUUCUGAGAUUUGUCUAUUGGCCAAUGAUCUACAUUGGUAAAAGUGAAAGUGGUCUGUCUUAGUUGUUUGGAUGUCUUUUGUUAAAACAAACUAAACACCAUCUCCAUUUUGCUACCCUGUAUUACAUGGGGUCAUCUUAGAAAAGCAUAAUAGUGUGGCUAUCUUAGAGCCUGAUGUUUUCUACAUACACCUGGUGAUGUUUACACCACAGGUUUCAUAGUAAUCAUUUGUUAAAUCCUCAAAGUUUGUCUUUAUAAAACAAGUAUGAAGAAGUUAAAUACAGCAACAUCCAAUUAAUCAGUAUUAAAACUUUCUAAUUAAGGAAUCAUGUGUACAGAGAAAUACCCGUUGUUUUUCAUUACAAACAGUGAUAGUCCAGACUUAAAACCUCUGAACUGACCUGUUUGAGUGUAUUUGUAUAAAUAUUUAUAUCAGCAGUUCAUCAAACAGCUUGUGCUGUAUGUUGUGAGUUGUGUGCCAACCUUGAGAGUGUUGUCCUGUGUUUGUAACAGCGUGUUGGUUUACAUGUAGUGUGGGCCACUCCUCCCUAGACAGGACAGGCUGCUCUGUGGAACCCCAAACAUUGCUGGGUACCUGCCACCAGUGAGACUAGUCACUACAGUCUCCUCCACUUGCUGUGUCGUAACAGGGUCACAAGAUGCUCAUCUUCUGGAUUGUUUCCUCUUGGCAGUGUCCCACAUGGAAAUAUCAGUCUUUGUUUCUCAUAAUAGAGUAUGAACAUUUUGCAUUGCAUUUACGUUUUGUAACCUUUAUAAUGUAUUCUACAUUACAUCUUUCUACAUCAAAAGUUGUUACUUUUUGAAGAUAUUGUGUUAUUGAAUUGACAGUAACAGUCGAAACCUCUCAUUCUAUAUUCAUAAUGCUUUAAUAUGUUAUCAUAACAACAGUAGGUUUUCUAAAAAGAUGUCUUACGACUGCUAUUUUCAUACUUUUAUACUUGACCCUUGUGUUGUGUGUUGUUAUGGGAUUGACCAGCUUCCAUUGAGACACACCAGUCAUCACCUAGGAUAUCCAACAUUUUUCUCUUGAUCACAUACCAAAGGCAUCAUUAAUGUAGUGGAGUCAUACUGGCUCAUCUUGCAGCAGUGUUUUACCCAGUUGAUAAUGUGAAACAGUAAACAAGUGUAAUGUAGCACAUCAGAGAUAUCUUCCACAGGACAUUUUGAAAGUUCUAUAGAGAUGCUAUAGUUCUGCCAAAUGUACAUGUUGGUAGUUUUAUGCCCAUCGUAAUCAAUGUUCCAAACCCAGGUUUUACAGAAACAAAACAAGCUAAUAAUGGUGUUUGGGCUGACAUAUAUUAUUGACAAAAAGCAUUACCUCAAAUGCACAUUUUGAUUUAAAUAGGAUGUUGUAGCUCAGGUCAAAUGAAUGUUCAUGUAUGGUUUUGUCAUCGCAUUUUGCCCAUUAUGUAUGUUCUUGUCAUGAAUUGUAGGAAAUCGACUUCUCUGUUGAAGCCAUAAGGCUACGAACAUGACACUUUGCUGAUGAUCAAAUCAGUGAUUCUCACACAACUAUCUUCCUGUGGUAGGCAUACAUUUCUCCAAGCUGAAGAUAAUUGUAUGAGACUGGACAAUGCUGGUGGGAUGGUAGAUUUCUAGAACUUCUAGUAACAGGAAUGGUGGUGAAUGGACUGCUGUAAGCACAACACUUUGGGAAAUGAUCUCAGCUGGAAGCCAGGUUCAUUGUAGGGUGUAGCUGCUUACAGUGGGUAUUCUUGAUGAAUAUAAUAUGUGUUGUCAUAAUGUAUCUGUGUAACUGUUAGCUGCCUUGUUUGUGUAAUGAGAUCCUACCUGCAACUGGGAGGAAAGUGUUACAAAAUCUAAUUUUGUAUAGUGCAGUGUCAUAUUAGUGAGACAAGGCAGCACUGCAGAUCGCUUUUAUCGCAAAUAGGUACAAUGGCUUAAAUGUUACCAGCAUAGUUUUAUUACAACCCUUCAGCAGCCCCAUGAAAUGUGACUGCUUUUAGCUUUCGUUGGAAUUUGGUCUCCGCCACUGCAGUUUUUAUUUAAUGACAAAUACUCAAAUAUGCUUUACAUCAGCGAUUACUCUUGUGUUGACUUUAAAAUGGGUAAUGGGAUAGCCAAAACUCACAAAAUGUUUGGAUUAAACUUCUGUAUACUUAGGUUGGGGAAAAGAUUAGUCAACGGAGGAGUGCAUCAUUCAACUAUUUGUUAGACAUGGUUACCUCAUUGUUACUAAAUUGACAUGUGUCAGAGGCAAGUUUUCAAAAUUGUCUGCUGUAUCUGUUACAUAGUCUGUCAUAGGAGCUAUUAAAAAUAUCUUUGUAAACUGUCUGAAAUGUUCAUAUAUUUACAAAUUAUACAGCCAUUUGCCAGAAUCACGUUUUACAGAAGUGGCACACAGAGAUUAUAUAUAUGCCUGAUUGUGUAAAGCAAUGGAUAUCCAGAGCCUGUUCUGUAAGGUACUGUAUGGUUCUGAUUGCAGGUUAAUGUUUAAGAGUUCGCUUCACAUUUUCAGUGAUAUCACUGAUAUUUCCAGACUGGGUGUGGUCAGUUCAUUGGAUGAGUGUGAUAUUUCUACAGGGUGUACAUGUUGUUGCAACUACCAGACAUUAGUGCUCUUCAGUGAAUAUAUAGCCUCAGACAGUUCAGUUUGGAACUUUACACACACAGCAACAAGAAGUUCAAAACACAAGAACUCCAAACAAACUUUCUGAUAUUCACCUACCACAAGCUCUGUAACCACAAGUUUAGACCUGUGUUGAGCUGGCCAAAGUUCUUAUGUGAAUGAAUUUUGAGAGGAGAUUGCUGUUUUCUUUUAAGCUAAGUGUAUAUGAUAGGUAACCAUUAUUAACCUUAGUAUUGUCAUCUUUGAUGGUUUUAUUGUGAUGACUGGUGAUAGGAUGAUCUAAUAGCCUGUGACAACUUCCUUUAGUGGCUCUCUACAGACUUGGGCUGUAACCAUACGUCACUGUCAGCAGUCUUUCUUCUACUUGUUCGGACAUGGUUUUCGGUCCUCUUUAGAACAUCUUGAGAAAUGUACCUACUGACAAUAUGUUUAUCAAUUUCACAACCAAUUUAGCUUUCAGAGUUUAAAUUUAUCAUAACUUGUUUCUGGUAAGUGGUAAAAUGUUUGCUCCAUGAGCCAAAACACUGAAGCAGCCAACUAGCAGCAGAGAGUAAUUCCCACUUUUGUGGACAAAACACUAUAGAUAGUACAGCAGAUUGGCUACCUGUAACGUUUUAUCCCACCAUAUAAAUCCUAGGGCUAACAAUGUUCAGCUGAAUGUCAUCUUUGAGGCAAUACGGAAACAUGGCUGAACCAUAUAUUGCCAGUUACUGUUGUAUUUUUCAGGGUUUUUUCUGUUCUCAGGCUGGGAUAAUUGUUCGAUCUUAAGAAGUUGGCUUAAUAAGGGCCAUGAUCUGGAAGUCUUCAGACUGGAGGCACUUUAAGACUUUAUACUUUGAGGGAUGUCUAUGAUACCCAUGUGGCACCAUGGUAUCCUUUGUCUUUCUUCUUUAACUGUAAUCUUAAAGUGUAAGAAGCUGAAACACAUCUUGCAUUCAACAAAUUACACAACACAUCUCAUUUAAUAAAGAUUCACAUUUGUGACUCUAAUAGCAAGCACUAUCUUUAUUUGAUAGCUUGGUUAAUCUAUCUAGUGAGCAGUAGUGCCUUGGUGCUAUUGUUUUAUUAUUAAAGUUUCUGCAAAAUGUAUCAAGUGAAGGUGGAAACAUCUCAUCUGGCCUUAUAGUCU